GGACUAUAAUAAUUGAGACAGAGAGGCUGCUGAGUGGAAAGACGUAUUUGGAGUUGGCAUAGAGCUCCUUUAAAACCAAGCAAACCUUUGAACAGAUCACCGCUUUAUGCUGUAGGAUCAGAUCAAGAUCUUUUCAUCUAAACUGUUAACAGAGUGAUGGAGAGAACUCCAAACUGUUGCACUCUUGCUUCACUGGCCGCUUUAGUCAUCCUUGUCUUACUUCCUGUGAGGUGUUGGUGUAAGGAAGACGCCUACAAAUCGCUGACACAGGCUAACAAGCCAGAGUGCUGUGUUAGUAGAGAUGCAGAGUUGAAGAGAUUUGAUGACAUCGACUAUGACAGCUUUGUGAGUCUAAUGGGAAGGAGAAGUGCUGCUCAACCAAACAGUCACAGAAACACCGCAAUGUCAAGAAAAAGAGACAUGGAUCCCAUCCUUGCUGCUCUGAUGUUGCGGAGAACAAGAAUGGCUUGUCCGUGUGCCAAGGAGUAUUCACAGACAAGGAGAGGCUGAGUCAUCAAUCAUGGGAGGCAGAGGCAAGAAACGUUGACCUAAAGUUAGAAAGGAAAAAAAACAACCUUUGUCGCUUAAGCUUUUCCAAACCUUGUUCUCUCUAUUCAGGUUUCAACGCUUUCUGUAAUGGAGAUGUCACACCUCCACAACCUCAACACAGUAAUACCUUCAGUCUCUCACAGCGCUGAUAAAUCCUCACAGCUACUGUAUCCACAGAGGAAAAUGUAUCAAAGUUAUUUAACCAGAGAGGUGAAAAUGCCAUAUUAACCACGCAUGAAUGCUUUUAUACUCUCACUGGAAAAUGUUCUGAUGUAACAAUGUAUUAUCAUAUUUAAAAAAAUAAGUAAAACAAAUGUACAAUAAAAUAUGCAUUUAUUUAUAGUGAUUAAAGUACCAUUCACUGAAAACGAUCCUGCACACUGAUCACGUGUGCUCACACAAACUCAUUUACACACCAAAGCAUAUCGACUCCAUUUAGAUGGCAAUACCAACAUAAAUACUUUUAAAAUAUAAAUACAAUACUGUACACCUUUCCCUUUGAAUCAAAUUAAAUGUUGGGAGUAGAUUGUCGAGGACUUGACGUGUUGUAUCUCGCAUCAGAAACCAAAUGUGGCGGUUAUCAAUAAAGUGUUUGGGCCUUCAGGACUUUGAUCCACUGCUUGUAAGAAUCUGCACGGCAGCCCUUUGCUAGACUGUUAAUUCACUUGACAACAAGCGAGUGAAUUUAUUUAAAAUUAAACCAUUAUGUAAAACAUGCUGAUUUGGUUUCAAUUGGACUCCAUUUUUAAUACAAAAAACAAAAACAAAAAACAAAAUAUGCUAUGUGCUCAUGUACAGAAGGAAACACUUGAGUGUAAACAUUUACAAAAAGGCAUUUUAUACACUUUAGUUACCUCAUACAGUUUUAACCUUGAUGGAGAAUAAAAGGUUUAAGUGGUUAAAACGAAAAUCACUUGUAACACUCAAAAGUGCAUGCAAUUUUCACAUAAAUGAGAAAUGUGUUUUGUUUGAAUCAUCACUGAAUGCCGCCUGAUUCCUGAAGCUGUUUUCUGUAUUUGGUAAUUACUGUAUCUUCCACAAAAUUGAUUACUUGUUUGGUUACAAAGUAAUAAAGUAACUGUUAUGAAUACUUUAAAUAUACACAAUGUAUUAACUACAAAAUAAAAGGCCUGGCC